AUGAUACUCGAUUUCGUCACCAACUCAAAAGUCCACCAUCUAAGGUCCGUCAACAGCAAGAACACACACAUCAACCUCUUCGCCUGCACCAACGUCCGCCUCACCCAACUCCGCAUCACGGCCCCAGCCGACAGCCCCAACACCGACGGCAUCCACAUCGGCUCCUCCGAAGCCAUCCGCAUAUCCGACUCCGUAAUCCGAACCGGCGACGACUGCGUCUCCAUGGUCUCCGGCAGUCGGGACAUCGGCAUCUCCCGAGUCGCCUGUGGGCCCGGCCACGGGAUAAGCAUCGGGAGCCUCGGCAAGGGCCACGAGAAGGAGUACGUGGUCGGGGUACGGGUCGCGAAUUGCUCCUUCACGGGCACGGAUAAUGGGGUCCGAAUCAAGACGUGGGCCCCAUCCCAGUCCAGCCUGGCGUCCAACAUCACGUUCGAGGAUAUAUUCAUGAGGUACGCGCGGAACCCAAUCGGCGUUAGUUCGGCUGUGCAAGUGGAGAAUGUGAUGUUCAAGAACAUUCGCGGCAUCUCACAAACAAAAGUAGCUGUAAACUUACUGUGUAGUGGUACGCGGCCGUGCAAGAACAUUAAGCUGGUGAACAUAAACCUUUCGUAUAUGAACCGUCGAGGACAGGCAACGGCCCAGUGUUUAAAUUCAUAUGUGGUGUACUUGGGAGGUCAUUCACAUGGAAAAGAAGCCACACAAGCAGAUUAUGAUAGAGUCACUCAGUCUCGUUAUGACUUUCUAGGGUCAUUCUUGGGAAGUAGAGACAAGGCCAAAGCUGCCAUUUUUUACUCUUACACUCGACACAUCAAUGGAUUUGCUGCAACUCUCGAAGAAAAUGAAGCACUUCAAAUAUCCAUAGAGACAAGGCCAAAGCGCCUUUAUUGCUUUUUCAUAUGUGGUGUACUUGGGAGUACGGACAGGGCCAAAGCUGCUAUUUUUUACUCUUACACCCGACACAUCAAUGGAUUUGCUGCAACUCUCGAAGAAAAUGAAGCACUUCAAAUAUCCAAUCAUCCAAACGUUAUAUCCGUAUUCUUGAAUAGAGGAAGAAAGUUCCAAACUACGAGGUCGUGGAGUUUUCUCGGUCUCGAAAACGACGACGGAGAAAUUCCCGCCUACUCUUUAUGGAAUAAGUCCAGAUUGGGUGAAGAUGUCAUCAUCGCCAAUCUUGACACGGGCGUGUGGCCAGAAUCGAAAAGCUUUAGCGACGAAGGAAUAAAUGGUCCGAUUCCAUCAAAGUGGAAAGGAAUAUGCCAAAAUCUAUUUGAUCAUAGCUUUCAAUGCAACAGGAAAUUGAUCGGUGCCCGCUACUUCUACAAUGGGUACGUCGCGAACGGGGGACACCUCAACUCAAGCGACUACACGCCGCGCGACAAUGAUGGCCACGGGAUCCACACCCUGUCGACAGCUGGCGGCAACUUUGUUCCUGGGGCCAACGUCUUCGGCUACGGCAAUGACACCGCCAAGGGUGGGUCCCCCAUGGCCCGCGUGGCAGCCUACAAGGUCUGCUGGCCCGUCAUAGAAGAAGGAGAGUGCUUUGAUGCUGACAUCAUUGCGGGCUUCGACAUGGCAAUCCACGAUGAAGUUGACGUGAUCUCGGUUUCUCUAGGUGGUUCCGGUGGCCAAUUUUUUGCAGACGGUGUUGCCAUUGGGUCGUUUCACGCAGUGAGUCAUGGGAUUGUGGUCGUUUGCUCAGCAGGAAAUUCGGGGCCAGACCCGGGUACAGUUUCAAAUAAUGCACCUUGGCCCAUCACGGUUGCUGCAAGCACCAUGGAUCGAACAUUUCCUAGCUAUUUAAUAUUAGGGAACAAGAAAUACGAGGGACAAAGCCUUUCAAUAAAAUAUCUUCCAGAGGGAAAGUUGUUCACCAUAAUUUAUGCCAAAUAUGCAAAUGCCACUAACGCAACAGCGGAACAAGCGGAGUUGUGUGAACCUAAUUCUCUGGAUGCUAAUAAGGUGAGAGGGAAGAUCUUGGUUUGUCUAAGGGGAAUCACUGCAAGGGUCGACAAGGGCAGGCAAGCCGCCUUAGCUGGUGCUGUGGGAAUGGUUUUAGCAAACGAUGAGGCCUUUGGGAAUGACAUCAAAGCCGAAGCUCAUGUCUUGCCAGCUACACAUAUCAGUUACAAAGAUGGAGUUGCUCUCUUAACUCAAAUGAAUAAAACAAGGUCUCCCAAGGCUCGUAUCACCAAACCAAUAACUCUUUUAGACACAACGCCAGCGCCAGUAAUGGCAGCUUUUUCAUCGCAAGGGCCAAAUCCCGUUAUGCCGGAAAUUCUCAAGCCGGAUAUCACGGCACCAGGAGUUAGUAUCAUAGCCGCAUAUACUGGAGCGGUUGGACCGACAGGCCAAGACUUUGACAAGCGACGUGUGCCCUUCAAUUCUAUUUCGGGUACUUCAAUGUCUUUCCCACACGUUGCUGGGGUCGUCAGCCUUUUGAAGAAGCUCUACCCAAAAUGGAGCCCGGCUGCCAUUAAGUCUGCCAUCAUGACCACUGCAAGUACAAUCGACAACACUUGGAACCCAAUCACCAAUAACAGCAACGCGAAAGCUACGCCGUUCAAUUACGGAGGAGGACACAUUGAUCCGAACCGGGUAAUGGACCCUGGACUCAUUUACGAUUUACAAACAACAGAUUACCUCAACUUGUUAUGUGCACUCGGUUAUAAUCAAACGCAGAUUAAGUUGUUCUGGAAAAAAUCAAUUACUUGUCGCAAGCCGAAUAUUAGACUCAUCGACUUCAACUACCCCUCGCUCACAGUUCCCUUCUUCAAUGGCCCAGUCACCGUGACAAGGAAGUGCUGGGCUUUGGUGGUAUUUAUCAUGCACUUCUGGGACCCGAGGCGCUGGAAGGAUCUUUUCCGUUCUUCGUCAUAUGUGGUGUACUUGGGAGGUCAUUCACAUGGAAAAGAAGCCACACAAGCUGAUUAUGAUAGAGUCACCCAGUCUCAUUAUGACUUUCUAGGGUCAUUCUUGGGCAGUAGAGACAAGGCCAAAGCUGCCAUUUUUUACUCUUACACUCGACACAUCAAUGGAUUUGCUGCAACUCUCGAAGAAAAUGAAGCACUUCAAAUAUCCAAUCAUCCAAACGUUAUAUCCGUAUUCUUGAAUAGAGGAAGAAAGUUACAAACCACGAGGUCGUGGAGUUUUCUCGGUCUCGAAAACGACGACGGAGAAAUUCCUGCCUACUCUUUAUGGAAUAAGUCCAGAUUGGGUGAAGAUGUCAUCAUCGCCAAUCUUGACUCGGGUUUGAAAUUGAUCGGUGCCCGCUACUUCUACAAGGGGUACGUCGCGCACGGGGGACACCUCAACUCAAGCGACUACACGCCGCGCGACUAUGACGGCCAUGGGACCCACACCCUGUCGACAGCUGGCGGCAACUUUGUUCCUGGGGCCAACAUCUUCGGCUACGGCAACGGAACCGCCAAGGGUGGGUCCCCCAUGGCCCGCGUGGCAGCCUACAAGGUCUGCUGGCCCAUCAUCGAUGAUGGAGAUUGCUUUGAUGCUGACAUCUUGGCGGGCUUCGACAUGGCCAUCAGCGAUGGGGUCGACGUGCUCUCAGUCUCCCUAGCUGGAGAUGGCAGUAUCGAGUAUUUUAUGGAUGCCACAAUCAUCGGGUCGUUUCACGCGGUGAGUAAAGGGAUUGUGGUCGUCUUCUCGGGUGGAAAUGCGGGGCCGUUCCCUGCUACGGUGUUGAAUGUUGCGCCUUGGAAGAUCACGGUUGGCGCAAGCACCAUUGAUCGGAAAUUUUCUAGCUAUUUAAAGAUAGGGCACAAGACUUACGAGGGACAAAGCCUUUCAAAAAAAUCGCUUCCACCGCGAAAGUUGUUCCCAAUAAUUUAUGCGAGAUAUGCGAAUGCCGCCAACGCAACAGCGGAACAAGCGUAA